AUGAUCGUGUCCAUCAGUCCUUCGGGACCAUUUCUGCAAAGGUUCACUAACUAUGUAGACUUAGUUUGGUUUGGUAGCUACCGAGAAGCGGCCUUCCAAGUUCCGGACGGUAACACCAUCAGUGAAAUUAUCAUUGGGUAUGCUCCAGGGAUGCGAGCUUUUAUAGCUGGAUCAAACACCCAUCUUGAGUCCUUAGACAUUUCAAAAUGUUCAUUGGAUCGUGUGCCGCAGACCCUUCCUAAGAUGACCAAGUUGAAAUUUCUUUCAAUAACCCAAUGCAAAAUAACGGUACUCCGGUUGGAUAUGUUGGCAGACAAUCAGUAUCUGAAAAACCUGGAUCUGUCCUACAAUCAAAUACAGCAACUGCUCCCAGUCACUGGACGACCCGCGAGGAUGUUAAGUAUUGAAACACUGACACUUACAGGCAAUCUACUACAAAAUCUUGAUUUGGCUUUAUUCGUAGCCAUGCCACAAUUAUUGAAUCUCAAUGUUUUGAAGAAUUUGAUUGUUAGUUUGGAUGUGUCAGCACCCAUCGCGCUUCCAAAUCUUUCCGGCUUGUACCUCGGAUACAACAAGCUCGUAUCACUCGACCUAAGAAACUUGACCCUUCCUAAACUCGAAACAUUCUCGUUCGGCCCCAACGCUCUCACACGGAUGCCGAUUCUUCCAAAACCACUGCCUAAACUUAAUUACCUAUCACUCUCUGCAAACAAUCUAACCCAGCUAGACAUGAGUUAUUUCCGACCAUACCCAAACCUGCAAAAAAUAUUGUUAUCUUCGAAUCAAAUCACCACUGUGCGAGCUUCCUCUCCUGUGCGACUACCGGUCGAUUAUCUUGAAUUGAGUAAUAACAAAAUCACUACGUUCAACAUCACCGGAUGGGACAUGCCUAACAUAACAUUGCUGAACCUUGAUGGUAAUCAGCUUUCGGUGGUUCCUUCUGUUAUUGAGCGAUAUCCAAAAGUUUACCUGUUUAUGAAUCGGAACCCAGUUUUGUGCGACGCUCUGCUGCCUUUUAAGGAUAGGCUAAAGAAUUAUCAACUCCAGAAAGAUCCGUGGCCUUUGUCAAAGGCAUGUACGACCAUAUCAUCAUUUACAGUUGAUGAAACAAUGAAGAUUUGCUGUGACCAGUGA